CUGGACCUAAACACAGUAAACAGACUCCUCUCUCUGUCUGAGGAGAACAGAAAGGUGACAUGGACGACAGAGGAGCAGCCGUAUCCUGAUCACCCAGAGAGAUUUGAGGACUGUAGACAGGUGCUGUGUAGAGAGGGUCUGACUGGGCGCUGUUACUGGGAGGCAGAGUGGAGUGGGAGAGAGGCUGUUAUUGGAGUGACAUAUAAAGGAAUCAGCAGGAGAGGAAGAGGAGGGGUUAAGGACUGUUGGCUUGGAUACAAUAACAAGUCCUGGAGUCUGUUCUGCUCUGACAACAGUUACAUUGCCUGGCACAAUAAUAAACGGACUACCAUAGACGUCCCCCCCUCCAGCUCCCACAGAGUAGGAGUGUAUCUGGACUGGCCAGCCGGCACUCUGUCCUUCUAUAGAGCCUCCUCUGACACACUGACCCACCUGAUCACAUUCACCUCCACAUUCACUGAGCCCCUUUAUCCAGGGUUUAGGGUUUGUUCUGACUCCUCAGUGUCCCUAAAAUAACAUGACACACACUGGUUUGAUGGCGACUCAGUGAUACACACACACACACACACACACACACACACACACACACACACACACACACACACACACACACACACACA